AUGUACAGGGAGGACACGUUGCACCAGGCGUGGCGGCAGGUGCGAGCGACCGUGCCGCCAGAUUGCUUGGCCUUCUCGCGGAGAUACGGAAGCGCGGGUUGGCUGCGCUUGUUCGCGCAGGACAUCGUCAAGGACGAGGAGGUCCAUGCCUUGAUAUGGGUCGACGCUGGCGACUACAUCUUCUUACAAGACCCAUCGCGUUUACUGGACCACUACAGCACCGCCUACACGUUCUGGGCCCCGGGGUCGGCCACAAGUUGGGGCGCUCUGCCUCUGCAGGUAUUCAAUAUGCGCCAGAUGCGCAGGCGCAGCUGGCGCGAGAUGGUGCUGAAGGCAGUUCGCGAGGGGUAUUCGGUGCACGGUGCCGAGUUCUGCUCGUUGGGCGAGGGCCGCACGAUGUAUCAGCUCCGCGCUGGCUCGGAGGGAGUGCUGUGGCAGAGUUUGCCCAGCACCUGGGCCUACGAGCCAUGGGCCGCCUGGCUGCCUGGCUAUGGCACCGUAAAUGUGUGGUCGAAGAUUAGGGCGAUCAAGUGGCUGUUGCAGGCGGGGGGUGCCGUCUGGGAGAAAGCAUUCUUUCCAGGGCUGGUGGACUUCACUUCCGUGUCAGUACGUUGCCUUCCGCUCGUGGAGGCCGUCACAAGCCACAUUCUGAGCGUUGAGCGUGGUGCCUUGACCAUUUCCGACGGCGACGCGGAUAUGAUGAUGCAUUACCGUCGGCAGUCUCGAGCAAAUGCGACAUUCGAAGACGGCAUCUCGCAGAGAGUGCAGUGCGACGAGAGAGUUCAGGGUCUCCAUUUGCCGAGUCCUUACCAUUUCGUGCCGUGGGCGCAUCGUUUCUUGAACUUCUGGGCAGGCCAGCCCGUCUGGGAGGCGAACACGCACGAGGCACACAGAGAUUUGAGGCACCAGUAG